AUGAGUGGUAGAAAUAGCAAUAGCGGGCUUCUUGAGCCAACCGAGGACAAAAGGAAAGGCGGGGUGCCGGUGAAGCCGCUGGAACUUGACGAUGUACUGACCAACGAACUCGGCCAGUUCGGCCGCUAUCAGCUAAUCAACAUCCUCAUGGUCUCUUUUCCAAUCAUUACGUGUGCUUUUACACAGGAGUACAUCUUCUCUGCAGCAGCUAUUGCACACAGGUGUCGUAUUACAGAGUGUGGUGAAGACAGUAAAAGUAACUUAUUCGACCCUGGGUGGAUUCUCAAUGCCAUCCCGCCGGCGAACAGUAACUCUGGCUUUUCGAGCUGUAGCCGCUUUCAGUCCCAAGGUAACGGGACCCUGGAUUACUGUCCCGCCGACUUGUUCACAACUACUACUACAGAUUGCAAUGAACAGUAUGUUUACGCCAGGGACAAUUCUGUUGUUUAUGAUUUUAACCUUGGCUGUAAAGAUUGGCUGCGUGCCUUACCAGGAACUCUGAGCAAUAUCGGUAAUCUGUUAUCGCUGCCCAUUACCGGCUACUUUUCGGACAGAUUCGGGAGACGGUUCAGUCUUGUCAUCAACGCAUUCAACUUGGGACUGAUCGGGUUAAUAAGAGCUUUUUCAAUGAAUUAUCCAAUGUAUUUGGCGCUACACGUUCUACAGACCACGCUUGGCGGUGGAACAUAUAGCACCGUGUAUAUUUUUGCCACUGAAUUUGUGGGUCCUCGUUACCGCGUGGCUACAAGUGCAUAUUGUUCGUCAAUGUUCGCUCUCGGCCAGGUGGUGGUCGGUGCAGUUGCCUGGGUCAUUCAGCCCUGGCGAUACAUGCUCAUAGCUCUGCAUAUACCUUGCUUCCUUGUCGUAUCGUAUUACUGGCUUCUCUCAGACAGUGUACGAUGGCAGCUUUCCAAGGGCAAGUUUGCUGAGGCUAAGGCAUCGCUGGAAACGGUCGCUAGAGUUAAUAAAAAACAAAUUAGUGAGAAAUCAAUGAAUGCGCUGCUGAAUCCACCAACUCCUCCACCGAAUACUGAGGGCGGAGAUAAAGUCAACCUAAUCAAAGCUGUUUUUAAGUCACGGGUGUUAUUAGGCCGAGUGUGCACCACCCCUAUCUGGUGGGUGACUAUAACGUUUGUCUACUAUGGAUUAUCCAUCAAUUCAGUUGGCCUUUCCGACACCGUCUACUUAAACUACAUCUUCACCGCUGCAGUUGAGAUCCCUGGAUUUGUGACAGCUUCAUUCAUGUUGGGCAAGAUUGGCAGAAAACCUACUCUUACAGGGGGAUAUUUCUUUAGUGCUGCCUGUAACAUUGCCUUUAUAUUUAUACCUCAAGAUUUAUCUACACUUCGCCUAGUGCUCUUCCUACUUGGAAAAUUUGGUAUUUCGAUGGUGGUGACUUCUUUGUACCUGUUCACGACAGAACUGUACCCCACUCAGUACCGGCACAGCCUUCUCGGCUUUUCCUCAAUGGUGGGACGUAUCGGUGCUAUAACAGCUCCCCUCACUCCUGUGUUGGCGGUGUACUGGCACGGAAUACCCUCAGCGAUGUUCGCAGGUAUGGCUAUACUCUCGGGUAUUCUAGUCCUCACCCAGCCCGAGACUCUUGGGACCAAAUUGCCAGACACCCUGGAAGAAGCCGAAGCUAUCGGAUCGCCAGAGUCCAUGAGAGACCACAAGUCAUAA